AUGGAGCCUAAGACGUGUGCGAUGGAGCCCAAGACGUGUGCGAUGGAGCCCAAGACGUGUGCGAUGAAGCCCAAGACAUGUGCCAUGGAGCCCAAGACGUGUGCGAUGGAGCCCAAGACGUGUGCAAUGGUGCCCAAGACGUGUGCCAUGGAGCCCAAGACGUGUUCCAUGGAGCCUAAGACGUGUGCGAUGGAGCCCAAGACGUGUGCGAUGGAGCCCAAGACGUGUGCGAUGGAGCCCAAAACGUGUCCCAUGGAGCCUAAGACGUGUGCGAUGGAGCCCAAGACGUGUGCGAUGGAGCCCAAGACGUGUGCGAUGGAGCCCAAGACGUGUGCCAUGGAGCCCAAGACGUGUGUGAUGGAGCCCAAGACGUGUGCCAUGGAGCCCAAGACGUGUGCCAUGGAGCCCAAGACGUGUGCGAUGGAGCCCAACACGUGUGCCAUGGAGCCUAAGACGUGUGCAAUGGAGCCCAAGACAUGUGCCAUGGAGCCCAAGACGUGUGCGAUGGAGCCCAAGACAUGUGCCAUGGAGCCCAAGACGUGUGCGAUGGAGCCCAAGACGUGUGCGAUGGAGCCCAAGACGUGUACGAUGGAGCCCAAGACAUGUGCGAUGGAGGCCAAGACGUGUGCGAUGGAGUCCAAGACGUGUGCGAUGGAGCCCAAGACAUGUGCUAUGGAGCCCAAGACGUGUAGGACGUAA